AAGAGGUGGCGUGUUUUGUUGUUGUUUUUUUCCACUAAAUGUAGUGGAGGUUGUGCUUCUCUGUGGUUGUGCGUGCUUCCCUCGGCCUUCGCGGCGCAAAACUCAAAACGAAAUUUGGCGUGCUAUCAUGGAAAAACACGGGGAAUCGGCUUACAGCGUUGUGCAUCUCUCUAAGCAGAAUGAGGUGUCCACUGUUCCAUCUUCUUGGGUCGUUGGCGACAAAGUUUCGUUGCCGCCAUACCGAAGCAGCACACGACUGAUCACUGCAAUUAAGGAUAAUGAGGAGCCUUCAGAAGGCUGGACCAGUUAUCAUUGCAGAGUGCUUUUCAAAUGUGCUGACUAUAACGACGCCAGGCUGAAGGAACAACGGGCCAUACAGGUGUGUGAUAUUGACUCUGAUGAUGGAUGUCAUGAGCCAAAGAGGAGGCGAGCACAGCAACAGACUUCAUCCGAUGAAGGAGGUGUUUGUGCUUCAGAUACUGAGUCUGUGAGCCCUAUACCCGGACCACCACCCUCAAAGUUUCGGAAGACAGCACCUUCGGAAGGCGCGACUAUUCCACUCCAGCCAACCACACCCACCUCACAGCCAGUUGCAUCCACUAUGCAGGCAUUGCCAACAGCCAGCGUUCAAGCUAUCCUGAAGGUGCAAGAAGAAACUUUUAAACUGCUGAAGGAGAUGAAAGCCCAGCUGGAUACACUGGCGAAUGCUGUGCAGGGACUGGAAAAUCCUGUCGGACCAGAGCAGACAUCUGGCGGUCCUGUUGAUAGUGGCAUGCUUGAUUUGCUUCCUCUGGCCACUCACCAUGACCUUGAAAAGCUGGAGCAAUGCCUUCACAUACCGAAAAAUAGGACUGAACUUGUGACUUACUUUUCUCAGUUGGGAGGCCCUUCUCUGCUGAAAGCUGCGCGACACCUGAUGAGAAGAUGCAUGCGAGAUGUGUUGGCGCAAGAUUUUUCGCUAACAGGGAGGAAAGGAAAACGCCCGUUUAAUGACUUGCAGCUGCUCCAGGUUGCAACUGAAGCAUUACAAAAGGCAUUCACGACAGCAACGGAGGCAGAUGUGCACGGUGGCAUUGCAAACUGGCUACGGUAUGCCCCUUCACGACAGAAGAAACGAGAGGCACAUCCAUGCUUCGACUAUGAUUCUUCUCCUUCACCUUGAACACAAACUGAAAUGUCUCUGCGUGCCCUCAAAAUGUACUGCAUCCAUCACUGUGGCACCCAAACAUCUUUUUGCCAUUGCCUUCAUCCACAUCACUAUGCUGGUCAUCAGCCAGGACCACCACACUUUGGAUGUUUCUGCAGUCACUUGUGACCAGCUCAAUGCACCUCAUCAGUAACGUGUGAAGCACUUGUGCCAGCUCCUGUUCUUUUGUAGCUGAACAGUUCUGUCAGGCAAAGUGAACAAAGCAGGAGGUGCACCACCAGCGACUGUGCUCAGGCCCAUACUCUCCGCUGAUAGGAAGAGAGGGAAAUGUGUUAAAUCUAUGUGCAUACUAUGCUUGACAGGAGCUGGUAGGUGGCCUACUGGCAGUCCUAACUUUGUACUUUACUGACGGUGUGCAAUGCUGACUGAUCUUGUGUUAUUCCUAGCAAAGCACACUUACCUCCGUAUGCAGAAAUGCAACUUAAGUCGAAGAACAUGCUUGACUUGAUUUAGAUGACGCCUGGCAUUCACGUGCCCAAAGACGCUCACUGCGUUUCUUUUGGCGCGUUCCCGAUAGGUGUCACUCGGGUCAAGUCAAGCAUGGGCUUCAACUUAAGUUGCAUUUCUGAAUACGGGGGUUACUGUACCAGCACUGUGAAAUGUUUAUUUAGGAAUUUGCUAGAAAAUGUUUUCGCACGUUUGAACAUUUUCUGCUUGCAUUCGGUAUCUAAUCCUAUGAUGUAAAUGUGCGAGGCCUCCGACUAUUCGCCAGGGUCAUUGUGAUCAAGAACUUAUUAAUAUUCUCUCAAUGUGCACAAAAGAUUGUUACAUUUUUUAAGUUCAGUUGCUGUCUUAAUGUCGACAUUGUCGAAGAAAGCCUCCAUAGUCAUCUGUAAAAACGAAAUUUCUGUACAGCUGGUUCAAUGAUCCGCAUUUCAUUUUCAAUUAUGGCAGCAGUCACAGACUGCUUUUUGUGUGUUGCUGUAAAGACAUUGCGUAACACAGUCUAUGUCAAUUUCAUUCCUAUACUUGAAGCUGUGAAUUAUCCUGGGUCCUCACUAGUUAUUUAGCGUCUUGCUUUUUAGUGCAGGUUUAUGUUAUUUGCAAUGCUAUAAAUGUUAUUUGUACACAAAAGAACCUGCAGCUUAUCCACUUUUUGACCUGUUUCCAGUACCUGAGUGUUGCACUAGUUGCUGCACUUCGUAAUGCGACCAUUUACGAGUGCAAAAAAUCUAGUCCGAGAGCUUAAGGGUCUAGCCUUAAGGUCAAGCAUGUGUUCCUAAAUAUAGCUAGCCUGCUUUCCUCUUGUGUUGACGUUCGUACACUUGAUGAGUGGCCACACAGUUGUGGAUCGCAGCCUUGCUAGGUUAUUGCCAGCUUUCUUCUCUGUCACAUUGUGUCUGGUCAAAGCUGCCAGGAUAUCUUCAAAAGGACAACUUUGGUCAUAGAAAUAUGUUAAACUAUGCAGUAUCUUGUUUUCUUAAUGGUAUUGUUAACACCAGCAAGGAUUGUUGACAUUAUUUCGAUUUUUUAGACUGUUUUUUACCUUUUUAAUUGUGCUAUGUGUUGUGUCAGUAUAUUGCUCUGUGUAAGACGGUUUAGCCAUGUCAUUGAUAUCGGCUAGCAUUUUCAUCAUGAAUCUCUACAGCUAACUCUAAUCAAUACCUCUUCAAAGAUUGUGAACCCUUACUGUGAAAAAAUUGAUGCAUGGACUUCUUUCUGAUAUUUUGCUGUGUUCCGGACAUGUGUGUUUAUCCUGAGCAAUAUGUACCAAUAUCUUCUUAUUCUGCACUCAAGGAAAAAUUGUAAGAGGUGAUUUUAUUCUUGGUGAUCUCAAACUUGCACAUUUUUUCUGUUAUCUUGUGCAAUAAAUCUUUUCAUGAUAUUGUA